CAACAUCGCCACUUACCAGCUGGGAUCAUUUCUUCCCCAAUGGCAGGGAGACACCUACUGCCACUCACCAAGGGGGCCCUGGGAGCUGAAGGAUCGCCGGCUUCGCGGCCGGGCCCGUAAGGGUUGCUGUCAGUCUGUCGCAACGGUGCUGGGGCUCCCUCUCACUGGGGAGUCCUGCAGGGACCGCCAGGCCCUCCCCAGUGUCGUGGCCCUUCGGCGAGGUGAUGAGGCCCCCCCUCCCAUCUUAAGGAGAGCUGAGGGGUCAGGUAGAGGACGCCGACUACAGGGCUGUCCCGGAAGACUCCAGGGACCUGACAUAAUAGCCUCCGGGCAGGCAGAGGUCAGUCCUCCGCUAUCCCAGAGUGCCCCGGAUCCCGGAAGUGCCUAGCUUCCGGAAGCUCCCGGCAAGCUGACAGAGCUCAGGUUUGCUUGAGCACUGCAGCCGGAGAGUUGCUCUUCUGCGGCUUGGGUGACUUCAGGAGGCCCGACUCCGGGUUGGGGUGUGCAUCCGGAGGGAGCUGCGCGGCGGGAUGAUGGAGGAGGAGGAACUGGAGUUCGUGGAGGAGCUGGAAGCCGUGCUGCAGCUCACGCCCGACGUGCAGCUCGCCAUAGAGCAGGUGUUUCCGAGCCAAGAUCCUCUGGAUCGAGCAGAUUUCAAUGCUGUGGAGUAUAUCAAUACCCUGUUCCCCACAGAGCAAUCUCUGGCGAACAUAGACGAAGUUGUGAACAAGAUAAGACUGAAAAUUAGGAGACUGGAUGACAAUAUUCGAACUGUCGUAAGAGGUCAAACAAAUGUGGGGCAAGAUGGCAGGCAAGCACUUGAGGAGGCCCAAAAAGCAAUUCAGCAACUCUUCGGCAAAAUCAAAGAUAUCAAAGACAAGGCAGAAAAAUCAGAACAAAUGGUUAAAGAAAUCACCCGGGAUAUUAAGCAGUUAGAUCACGCCAAGCGCCACCUGACCACCUCAAUCACAACGCUGAACCACCUGCACAUGCUGGCGGGCGGCGUCGAUUCCCUGGAAGCCAUGACCAGGAGAAGACAGUAUGGAGAAGUUGCUAAUCUUCUUCAGGGAGUAAUGAAUGUCCUGGAGCACUUCCACAAGUACAUGGGAAUUCCACAGAUCCGGCAGCUUUCUGAAAGAGUGAAGGCUGCCCAGACUGAGUUAGGACAGCAAAUCCUGGCCGAUUUUGAAGAAGCAUUUCCUUCCCAGGGUACCAAGAGGCCAGGAGGACCCAGCAAUGUCCUACGAGACGCAUGUCUGGUUGCUAAUAUUUUGGACCCCAGAAUCAAACAGGAAAUCAUCAAGAAGUUUAUUAAACAGCAUCUGUCAGAGUAUCUAGUACUUUUUCAAGAAAACCAAGAUGUGGCCUGGCUGGACAAAAUCGACAGACGCUAUGCCUGGAUAAAGCGCCAGCUUGUGGACUACGAGGAGAAGUACGGCCGAAUGUUUCCUCGUGAGUGGUACAUGACUGAGAGGAUUGCAGUAGAAUUUUGCCACAUCACAAGGACAGAACUUGCCAAGAUUAUGCGUACCAGAGCUAAGGAAAUUGAAGUGAAAUUGCUUCUUUUUGCUAUUCAGAGAACAACUAACUUUGAGGGAUUUCUUGCAAAACGCUUCUCUGGCUGCACCCUGGCAGAUGGAAGCCUGAAAAAACUUGAGUCUCCACCCCCAUCCAGCAAUCCCUUCCUGGAAGAUGAGCCAACACCAGAGAUGGAAGAACUGGCCAUGGAGAAAGGAGAUUUAGAUCAACCAAAGAAGCCGAAAGCCCCAGACAAUCCAUUUCACAGCAUUGUUUCCAAGUGUUUCGAGCCUCAUCUCUAUGUGUAUAUCGAGUCCCAGGACAAAAACCUUGGAGAGCUGAUAGAUCGGUUUGUGACCGAUUUCAAAGCUCAGGGCCCCCCUAAGCCCAACACCGAUGAAGGGGGUGCGGUGCUGCCCAGCUGUGCCGACCUCUUUGUCUACUACAAGAAGUGCAUGGUGCAGUGCUCUCAGCUCAGCACCGGGGAGCCGAUGAUCGCCCUGACCACCAUCUUCCAGAAGUACCUCCGAGAAUACGCCUGGAAAAUCCUCUCUGGCAACCUGCCCAAAACCACAAGCAGCAGUGGAGGGCUGACCAUCAGUAGCCUCCUCAAGGAAAAGGAGGGCUCAGAAGUAGCCAAGUUCACUUUAGAGGAACUCUGCCUCAUCUGCAGCAUCCUGAGCACAGCAGAGUACUGUCUGGCCACUACCCAGCAGCUAGAAGAAAAACUCAAAGAAAAAGUUGACGUAAGUCUGACCGAACGGAUCAAUCUGACUGGAGAAAUGGACACGUUCAGCACUGUCAUCUCUAGCAGCAUCCAGUUGUUGGUUCAGGACCUGGAUGCUGCCUGCGACCCUGCGCUGACUGCCAUGAGCAAGAUGCAGUGGCAGAAUGUGGAGCAUGUUGGUGACCAGAGCCCCUAUGUCACCUCGGUCAUUCUUCACAUUAAGCAGAACGUCCCCAUCAUCCGUGACAACCUGGCUUCAACACGCAAAUACUUCACUCAGUUCUGCAUUAAAUUUGCAAACUCCUUCAUUCCCAAGUUCAUCACGCACCUCUUCAAGUGCAAGCCAAUUAGCAUGGUGGGAGCAGAACAGCUGCUGCUGGACACCCAUUCCCUGAAGAUGGUCCUGCUCGAUCUGCCUUCCAUUGGCUCCCAGGUGGUAAGGAAAGCACCUGCCAGUUACACGAAGAUCGUCGUGAAAGGCAUGACCCGGGCGGAGAUGAUCCUCAAGGUGGUGAUGGCCCCUCACGAACCCUCCGUGGUAUUUGUUGACAACUACAUCAAACUCCUUUCGGACUGCAACACAGAAACUUUCCAAAAGAUACUGGACAUGAAGGGGCUGAAGAGGAGCGAGCAGAGCGGCAUGCUGGAACUCUUCCGCCAGAGGCUCCCCACCCCGCCCUCGGGGCCCGAAGGGCCCGGCUCACUGUCCCUCUUGGCUCCCACACCGGAACAGGAAUCGUCCCGCAUCCGCAAACUGGAGAAGCUAAUUAAGAAGAGACUGUAGGAGCACUGGCCAGCAGCCCCCAGCACCCAGCCUCCUGGAAGCCCCCACCUCUCCUGCGCCCACCCUGACUCUCAGAUUAUGGACCUUGAAACUUCCCCGGACAUCGGAUUGUCAGUGUGCCUCCCCCACGCCCCGACUUAAUCCCUGCCCUAAGGGGAGAAGCCAAGUUAAGGUCCCCGGUACAAAAAGGCAGUUUCACUGGCCUCUCAUUCCCGCAGCAGAGGCAGCACUGGGUGAGACACUGUCACACUGGGCCGCUCUCAGCUGGUCAGUUGUCACUCUGCCGCCUCCCUCCCUCUGCUGUCGCGCCCCCUGGCGUGUGGCCCUCUUCCCUACCAUGCACCUCUCCGGGCAGCGUGGGUGACCAGGCCUGUUUGGUCCUCCGUCUGCCACUGUUGGAGGCUGGCUCUCGGGGCCGCAGUUACCGGGGCUGCAGGUCACAGGCGUAGGUACCAGUCUUCCUUUAUGAGGGAAAUGGAGGCAGGAACUCUGCCGAGUGAUCCCAGUUUGGGUACCUGUUUUGUUUCUGGUCCUUUUCGACUUGGCCGAGUGAUCCCUGUCUUCUGACUUCUCAUGAGUCUCCAAUUCGCCCUGUCUGUACAUCCAAGGGAAGAUUUUCUCUGCCUCCCACGCAGGACUGGACACGCGAGGCCUCGGAAGCAGGUGCCGUCUGUGCCGUGGGCUCCUGGCCAGGGUGCGGGGCAGCCCCCGUCUGCCUGGGAGAGAGGGUUCUCAGCUUGGCACACUCACUGCGUGACAUAAGGUUAUUCCCUCCCGUUCUGCCCCUGACUUCUGGGUGCGGGGGUGCCUUCUGUGUAGGGAAACCAGGAAGUUUUCCUAGAAAAGAGUUCCUAGGCUUUCUCCUCAGACAAAGCUCUGGGGCAGCCCAGGAAGCCUCUGCCCUCUAGUGCCCUCCUAGCCGUCCAUGUUCGAAUCCAAAGUGCUUGGCAGAAUUAUCUGAAAACAACAAAGGAGGUGCGAUACCGGAACGACAUUACUUUAUCACUAAUGAAAUAGAAGCUAGCCCGUGGGUCCUCGGGAACAGAACGCCGACCGUACAAACUCAGAGUGGGCACAGUCCAGAAGGCCCCCCGGCCCACCCGGCCGGCCCCCGCGGCUCCGGGCCAGCACAGCCGUGCGGGAAACACUGGCCUCGGAGCUGUGUCUGUCCUCGAGACCAUCCCGCAUCAGGGGAACAGGCUACAGAGUUGCCCUGGCUCGCCGGUCCCCUGGAGACCAAGCCUCUGGCAGCUGCCCCUGGACUCGGGGUGACUGGCAGCCUCAGUCAGCAUUUGCUCAGGAAUUGUGAACAGUGUGUUGGCCAGGCGGGGCGAGGGCUGAGGAGGAGGGUGGAGUUUUUUACAGAGAGUGCCUCAGGGUAACAUUCAGCACGGAGGAAGUUCCCGAAACAUUCACAAAAGUUGUGACGGUGAUACAGUAGGAAACUUCAAGGUUUGGAAAUCUGACCAGAAACUGACCGUUUCCCCCCUUGUCGUCCGCUGUAACGGCUCCUCAGCGUCCCCAGCUCUCCUCAGCCUGUCACCCAGACUCGGCCCACUGCCCCGGCCGUCCUCCGGGCCUCCUUUCUUCAUCUGCCUCCAGCCUGUUGCUGGUCCACCUGACUCGUGCGUUGAGCAUCUCGGGCUUGAGAACACUGAGAAGAAAAUAAGUGGUGGAAGAAAGAGGUGUAGCCUCUAGCUGAGCUCAAUUAGGAAAAGACGGCUGAGGGGGAAAAGUGCAGGCAGGGUGGGGAGGGGGGCGGAGAGCCCCGGCAGCUCAGUGGGCAGGCUUCGCUGUGCCCACGCGGCCCAGGUGCAGUUACAGACCUGGAGCCAGCUCUUCCCACUGGUGCGGGAAGGGGCAGCGGGCCUGCCUCCGGAGGGCACAGCCACCUCAGCAUCGGUCUCGGUCCUGGUCCCGUCCCGAGGAGGCCGCCGCACCUGGUUCUCGCCACUCGGUGUCUGCAGACCCCCAAUCCUUUUCUGGUUGGUUCGUAGGGAGCCAUUUUCUGGAUGUCUCCAUAAUGGCAUUGAGAUGUCAGCCCUGUUUUCUGCAGGUUGGUGGUCACCGCCAGGGAAGUUGCGCUCUCGAUUUGUUGCAGCAUCAGUGACGUCUGAGGACUCGGCGCACGUCAGCAGGAGUUGUGUGUUAAACAUCCCAGUGAGGGAGUCUGAGUGCCCCUGUGCAGGAGCUGAGGGCCUGCAUCGGGACCACCGGCGCCGGGCAAACACAAGUGUGGGGAGUCUGCAUUUCUGGAGGGUUCCUUUGGUGAUUUGACUCCUUGUUAAGAACCAUUGUGAUAGAAAUUUGCCUUAUUGAACGGUUCCUACAGCACAUUUCCGUAAAUGUGUAUUUUUUCCAGCACUCUAAGCAAGCGAAACUACUGUGCAGUUGAACUGCACCCCAACACGGUAAAGAUUCUUUGCUGAUAGACAGCAGCAUUCACUUUAAACUUGUGUCGAUAGUAAGGAUGAAGCCAGAAAAUGGGCUGUCCUCCUACUCAUUGGGAUUCUUCCUGUUUUGAUGAGCCAACCCCCAAAAGAAGUUUUAUUUAUUACUGUCAUUUUGAAAUAACAUAUGUAAAGGAGCAGACAUUGAUAAAAACGGUAGCGAACCACUCUGUUAUUAAGCUAAACUUAGAUAUUGUUCAUUCCUCAGAGUGUCUGUAGCCCUUAACGAAAAGUUUGAAGUCACUUUAUAUGAUAAAAAUAAAUACUGGUAAUUUACAAUUGACAACAAGUUCACUGCUGUUUUUAUUAUGAACAGACUUCCUGAGAGCUGGCCGAGGGAUGCCCAGGCUGGAGAGAGUUCUGUUUGGAUCGUCACAGGGAACCACAAAGAAAAAGAACAGGGUGUUUUAGCCUCCUGAUUCAGUUCUGGCAUUGAGGCUAAUUGCCACCACUCCUCCCUCUCUUGAAGAACAAAGAACCUAGAAAUAGGAGCCUCGGUGACUCCUCAACGCAAACCAGGCCCACCAGGACU